GCGCAGUGGCCGCGAAAGAGCGCGAGGUGGUUGCCGGCACCUCCCUCUCUCUGGCCCGCCUUUGUUUCGAGCGUCAGUUUUCCAGGCAGCCUGGCGGCGGAGGGGGGCGCGGCUAUGCAAAUGAGCCACGGGGCGGGGCUGCCGCUUCGGUCCGUCAGUCGGAGCUGGGCGCUCGCGAAGGGAGGAGCUGCUGUGAGGCCCGAAACCGAGCGCCUCCUCCCGACCCCCCGUCCGUCCUGCCGAGCCCCGAGGAUGAUAAACACCCAGGACAGUAGUAUUUUGCCUUUGAGUAACUGCCCUCAACUCCAGUGCUGCAGGCACAUUGUCCCAGGGCCUCUGUGGUGCUCCGAUGCCCCUCACCCACUGUCGAAGAUCCCCGGUGGGCGAGGGGGUGGCAGGGAUCCUUCUCCCUCAGCUUUGAUAUAUAAGGAUGAGAAGCUCACUGUUAACCAAGAUCUUCCAGUGCAUGAUGGGAAACCACACAUUGUUCACUUCCAGUACAAAGUGACGGAAGUUAAAAUCUCUUCCUGGGAUGCAGUGCUAUCGAAUCAGAGUCUUUUUGUGGAAAUCCCUGAUGGUUUAUUAGCUGAUGGGAGUAAAGAAGGAUUAUUAGCACUGUUGGAAUUUGCCGAAGAGAAAAUGAAAGCAAGUUAUGUCUUCAUUUGCUUCCGCAAAAGCAGAGAAGACAGAGCUCCAUUACUGAAAACUUUCAGUUUUUUGGGCUUUGAGAUUGUGAGGCCUGGCCACCCCUGUGUCCCACCGCGGCCAGACGUGUUGUUCAUGGUUUACCCCCUGGAUCAGGUCUCUUCCGAUGACGAUUAGACCCCAUGCAGCGCUUCAGAGGGACCUGAACAUGCAUCGGAGACAAGAGGGGGUGGAGACUCCUUUUCUGAGGAAAGGAAAAACAAAAUUCUCCUGGACUGAAGCUGCAUUUCUUAUUGUUAUAGUGACCUGUAUAUCUUCUGAGUUGACUUUUCCAUUGAAAUGUGUUACCUAGCGAAUAAUAUAAAAAGUCUGCACAUGUAAUCGCACCAUCUUAAGUGGAAGGUAAAUGGAGCCCUUUCGUGACAGCUCUGUGGCCCGCCGGCUAGCCUCGUGGAGACACCCUGUCCAGCCGGGCACUGAGCAAGGAGCCCACGGGUGAAGAAGGGGGGAGGGGACAGGCUUCGCAAAUUGUUAAAUUAGUGCUGGGCUUUUCUGUUCACUUGGCUCUUGUUUUAUAUGUAUUUUCCCCCCGGUGUUCCCCUCACUCUUCAAAAGCAGGGGACAGGAUGCUUUGAGUGUUAUAGGUGCGAGAAUGUGAGCCCUGGUUUCAGCAAAGCAAGAGACGGCGCCACCAGGGUAACCGACAUGGGGAGGGGGGAGGGUGUGGGUCCUCAAAAGCUUUGUGCUCUUCUAGCCUUAUAAGUAGGUAACUAUUAACACUGCGUUAGUGCAGCUUUCAAUAAAAAAGGGGCAUUCAAACAAAGCCGGGCCUGCUCUGUAAGAGUAAACGGAAUGUAGCGAUUGCCCCUGGAUGAGACCGCAGCAGAGUCGCCCUCUGUCGUGUGACUGGGCGGGGGAGGGAGGUCAUGAUUCCAACUUAGAAUAGAGGCAAAGGAGACAGGACCUCCAGCGACAAGAAAUCUUACCCGAUGUCCUUACAGCCCCUAAGAACUUCCAGAAAUGAAUUCCAGAAUGUGCAUAGACUGCCUGAUCUGACCCACGGCCAUUCUUAGAUUCCAGUUCUACAUACUCUUACUCCCUCUGCCUUAAGUGUCUAAACAUGCAUGGGGGUGAAGUUGUGAAGCCCUGGGAGAGAUUACCUGAAAGUAAAGUCUGGUUCGCAUGAGUAAAUUCUUCUGACAUGCCCUUCUUCCUUCAGCGUUCUCUAGAACGCUCUGCUUUAGGUAUAAACACGAUAGAGAGCAUAGAAAAGGGUCAGGCAAUGUGCUUGUUUCCCCUUAAACAGCCUGUUUGCACAGUGUGUGUAACAUACAGUGACAAAACUUCUAAUUACCUAAUUACAGACAAUUGAAUGAUGGUGACCUGAUGCCACUUGCGACUUUCAAGAGACUUUUCCUGCACUUAUCUGGUUAUUUCCCUCUCUAGAUCUAGACAGGGCGAGUACAAAAAGCAAAGAGAUAAUCCAGGCCAGUUCUGAGAAGGAACUACACUGUGAAAUGCUCUUUCUUGAGCCAGUCAUCUGAUGCUUGUGUAGUGCACACCAGAUCGGGCUGGCAGGGCCACUGCAUUGCCCAAGAAGCAGCUGGUGUGCAGCUUUGUGUCAGGGGGACUCCUCUAGCCUGGCAGCAGUUAGAAGUAGAGAGCAUCUAAACUAUGGGAAUAGUCUUGUAGUCGUUCCUAGGCCUCCUAAGGGGUAGUGAGAAGCUUGUUGUUUGACCUAACAGAAAUGCGAUAAAGGUUUUCUUCAAGACACAGCAGGGCAGAAGACAGCUAGUUUACCAAGAUGGUUUCCAAUCUGGUAAACUGUUCCAAAGCAGUUCAGUUUCACUUCCUGACAAUUCAUGUUGUUCCUAUGCUUCCUCUUUCUGUGUCAUUGUGCCUUUCCCUCCC